AUGGCAUCCCACAACCUGGACCUCCUCUUCGACCCCUCCAUCAUCCCCGCCCCUGUCCAGGACUCGCUGGGCGAUGACCUCUACCUGCGCCCCCUCGCUUCCACCGACUUCUCCCGGGGCCACUUCGAGCUCCUCUCUGUGCUGACUGUUGCCCCCACCCAGUCGCCGAGUGCAUACAAAGACAUCUUUGACGAAAUGAAGGCAGCCGGCAAUGUCUACUUUACCAUCGUCAUCGUUCACCGUCAGACCGACCAACUGGUGGCUUGCGGAUCGCUCAUCGUGGAGCGUAAAUUCCUGCGCAACGCCGGACUGGUUGGACAUAUCGAAGACAUUGCAGUUUCCAAGAGCAUGCAAGGGAGGAAACUAGGCCUCAAGAUCAUCAACACCUUGGAAGAUGUCGGCAGGGCUAGGGGGUGCUACAAGAUCAUUCUUGACUGCAGUGACAAGAAUAUCCCUUUCUACGAGAAGUGCGGAUUUAAGCACAAGGAAUUCCAAAUGGUCCGAUACAUGGCCGAGCCCGCCGACGGCAGGGUGCAGACGCCCUCUAAACUCUAG